AUGGAGCAAACGGGCCUUCUUGACUUAGACAACCCAAUCCACAUGUUUGUGUUACAUUGGGUGUUUUUACAAAGAAUAAAUUAUGCUUUGCAUGAGUGGAUGGACAGUUUUAAUAACCACCCACUUUCAACUGAGCACAACUGGACACCAAACCAACUUUGGAUUAAUGGCAUGCUAAGAGAAGACAAUCCACUAGCUAUUGGGGGGCUUGAUGAUGACCCUCAUGAUACAAGGUUUUAUGGGGAAGACCUAGAUGGACCAACACCUUUCGAGGACAGUGAUAACUGUGUCAUAGUUUCACCAGUUCAUAUACCAGGAAUUAAUACAGAAGAACUAGUGUUUCAAUAA